AAAUAUACAUAAUAUCUGAAACUAAAAAUUAGAUCUGUGAAACCAUCAUAUGCAUACCCUAAAAAAAAUUAGAUGGAGAAUUAUUCAGUGUUUUUGUUUUAAAAUGUGUUUUUAAAAAAGUAGUGAUUGGGUUAAUCAAACAAAUCUCUUCGCUUACUAGGGGGAGCAGUAAGAAUAGGAUUUAGAGCUAAGCAAACCCUGAACAGGCAACAGAAAAAUCCCCUUUUCUCCUCCAUAAUGACAAGGAUGGUCUCUCUGUCAGAUGCUUUUUGUUUGGACCUUUUAGCCAAUAACGGUAACAAUCUGAAAACAAUUGGUGAUGGCAACUUAAUAGUAGUUAAAACAAUGCCUUUUCUUCUUUAUUUAUUGAUCUUAACUUGUGUAAUGAUGAUUAACAGACACCCUGUUAAUCAGGGUGAGAAUAACAGGUGAGAAUAAAUCCCUCAAUUAGCUGGCAAAAAACUGCAGCCACAUGUUUGUGACAAGAGUGCGUCACUACUCUGGGCUCGCAGCGACUUCGGCUUGUCAGAAGAUCGGAUGGCACUGGUGUAAGGAAAUGCUAGAUCUAGUGAUAUCGCCCAACCUGACUGUAAAUAGAGAGGGCCUCGAUAGACUGAAGCGUAACCUUUCUUACAUUAAUGCCACGGCUCCAGAUGACAUAGAAGGUAACAGCAAAGCAGUACCCCAGUGUCCUCUCCAUCUUUACUCCACCGAACAUCAUCCCCGUAUAUUGACGGUUCCAUCUUUUCCAACAAUGGCAACCUACGGGCAGACCCAGUACAGUUCAGGAAUCCAGCAAGCUGCUACUUACGCUGCAUACCCUCCACCAGGACAACCUUAUGGAAUACCCUCCUACAGCAUCAAAACAGAAGAUAGUCUGAGCCAUUCUCCAGGACAGAGUGGGUUUCUUAGCUAUGGAUCUACUUUUGGUACCCCUACAACAGGACAAGCACCGUACACCUACCAGAUGCAUGGCACAUCAGGGAUUUACCAAGGAGCCAAUGGCCUGACCAAUUCUGCAGGAUUCAGCACUGUGCAUCAGGAAUACUCAUCCUAUCCAAGCUUUCCUCAAAGCCAGUACUCUCAGUAUUACACCUCUUCCUACAACUCUCCGUAUGUAUCAGCGAAUAGCAUCAGUCCAUCAGCUGUCCCAACAUCCACCUACUCCCUCCAAGAAUCUUCUCACAACAUCAGCAGUCAAAGCACAGAAUCACUGUCUGGGGAAUAUGCAACCACACCAGUAAAAGAUACAGAAACAGACAGGCAACCCCGAGGGACUGAUGGAAAGUUACGAGGGCGAACAAAAAGAAGCAAUGAUCCUUCCCCUACAGUUGACAAUGAGAUUGAGCGUGUCUUUGUGUGGGAUUUGGAUGAGACGAUAAUUAUUUUUCACUCCUUACUCACAGGAACCUUUGCAUCCAGAUACGGGAAGGACACCACCACGUCUGUUCGGAUAGGUCUUAUGAUGGAAGAAAUGAUCUUCAACCUUGCAGAUACACAUCUGUUCUUUAAUGAUCUGGAGGAUUGUGACCAAAUACACAUAGACGACGUAUCUUCAGAUGACAAUGGACAAGAUCUAAGCACAUAUAACUUCUCAGCAGACGGCUUUCACAGUUCAACUGCCGGUGCAAACCUGUGCCUGGGCUCUGGAGUUCACGGGGGAGUUGACUGGAUGAGGAAAUUAGCAUUCCGCUACCGGCGGGUGAAAGAGAUGUACAAUACCUACAAAAACAACGUAGGAGGUUUAAUAGGCGCUCCUAAGAGAGAAACCUGGCUGCAGUUAAGAGCAGAACUGGAAGCUCUGACUGAUCUUUGGCUCACUCACGCUCUCAAGGCUCUGAAUUUGAUACAUUCCCGGCCUAACUGUGUAAAUGUAUUGGUCACCACAACUCAGCUCAUACCAGCUCUUGCUAAAGUGCUGCUAUAUGGCCUGGGCACAGUCUUCCCCAUUGAAAACAUCUAUAGUGCAACAAAGACAGGUAAGAGCAAUGCAACUAAGGCCUCAUCUGAAGUGCAGUUGACUGUUUGUAACCAGGCAGUUGUCCUGGAGUCUGACCCACUUACAGUGAGAAUAGGUAAACUGUGUUCCUGCAGCAGCUUUAUUCACAACACAACCACAUUACACUCCUGUGGGUGCCUCUGCAUCUAACAUACUGACUGCCCAUGUUUGUAUCAGUGCACUGUAGGAAGACUAAAGGGUAGCUCUUCCAUAGUGCCUCAGUUAGUGAUACUAUGCCUAGGAAACAUGCACACCCAGCAGCAUCAGCAGGCUGUGGGCCUUAUGUUCUGGGAUGUCUGACCUCACAAACAACUGAGAGGCAGGAAUUCUCAUUAAACCUGUUACAUAACCAUGUCCAAAGGUCCUGAUUAGACUGGAAGGCUGGAGUAGACAGGGAACUGGACCACUUACAGAAAAGCAACCAUGAAUUAAAAUAGAAAAGCCAUGGUUAUUUGCCAUGAUUGCUAACAGAUAUUAAUGAUCUUGUUUGCUGACACAGACAGCUAUACCUGGUUACAAACUUUGAAUGUAGACAGGCCUAAGGAAGGGAAUGUGAUGGUCUUUUGGUUCAGCCAUUGAACUGAGAAACAGAAGAUCCAUGCUCAAUUUCUGACUCUGCCACAGAAUUGUUGUAUGAUCCUGGGCAGAUCACAGAGGAUGCGUAAUAGUUGAUGUUAUUUUGACACAUGAUGUCAAAAUAAUGUCAAGCUGGAGGACUUCUUACUCUGACUCCUGUAACCUUCAUUUUUAUGAGGCAUAAG